AUGAACACUUCUGCUGCAAUGAGUAUAAUGAAACAUAAAAUUAAAAAAAUAAUCAAUGAUACAAGGCAAAGUAAUCAUGUGCUUUCACUGGAACAAGAAAGGUUAGAUAGACAAAAUCAAUUACCAUCAAUUUAUGAAGUAUGA